AUGUAUGUUUUUCGGGAAAGAACAACAUUGAAACGAUGGAACGUAGACCGUGUUGCUUUCAUGACAUGCGUCUUCAGCGACCUCAUUGCUAAGGAUUACCAGAAUUUCUGUAAGGGUAUUAAGAAAUACACCAUGGAUCCAUUAUUACUUCAAUACGGUAAAGGUGAACUGCUUUCCCAUGGAAGAACACGGAUGUUGUGGAAUGUCGAUGUGGAUCGGAUGUAUGUUCCUGUCUGGGAAGUGGAAGCUUUCGCGCAGCUUAUUCCUCGGAUUGUCAAGGCUGUGCAGUCAUUGACAAUACAGAAGCAUCUCCACAUCACUCCGUACAAUGUUUCCUAUGUACCUAUGAGUGGUCUUAACCGACUUCAAUGUCAUUGUGGUGUGUACACUAUAAAACACAUCGAAUGCCACGUGCUUGGGUUGGACAUAUCUAUGGUGAGUGAUGAGAACAUCUGGGGAGCUCGGAUAAAGAUUAUGUGGGAUCUAUGGGAAGCAGCUAAUGAUCUAGAACUGAUUGAGAGAAUGUCAAAGUAUGAGCCUAUUAAGUGUAGUAAGCCUGCCGAGUAUGUUGAGAUUGAUGAUUUAUGA